AUGAGAUAUCUGAAGGUUAUCAACUCUGAGAUAAGCGAUGGAAAAUGCACCAAAGUCAUUUUUACUACUUUCAUUAGUGUUUCAGAAACGGCUGUGCCAUUUAUCCGAAGCUACUCUAUGAUCCUCAUUGUUACUGUUGCUCUAGUGGUAGGAUGCACCAAGAAAAAAGGUACAACGUUGGAAAGGAAGAGUGGUAAAUCACAAGGUAACUUGAAAAGAGACAACAUCACUGCAAACAAGAAGCCAUCAAAAGUGAAAGCACAUCAAUUUUCUCAGCAUCUUCUUAACGUACCGUUGGCCCCAACACAACCAGAGGAGGAUCCGGUAGUCGGCACAUUUUCNUACUGUUGCUCUAGUGGAUGCACCAAGAAAAAAGGUACAACGUUGGAAAGGAAAAAGAUUAUGUCGAAAAAAGCUGUUGGAAAAAAGCAAGAAAAAGAGAAGAAAAUCAAAGUUAACCAGGACGAGCAGCCUCUGCUCCCGUAUCCUGACGUGAAGCGUCCAACAGUCACUCAACGCCGACGGCGAAAAGCCGAAUUGGAAAAGGACAAGAAGGAAAAGGUUGCAAGCGGUUUUUAUCAGUCGCAUUCUGACCAAGACGACACUUUAGAACAAGUGGAGAGCUUGAAAAAUGAACUCACUGAGCGGAGUCAUAAGAGAUCAGCGAAAGUGGAAAAGGCACAAAGCAUCGUAGAAGUAAGCGCUAAGGAAGACGUCAAUGAUUUUUUCAAGGAAGCGGCUAAAGAAGUGAAGAAUCCAAUGCCUCCACCGAAGCAACAGGCAUGA